AUGAGUAGAGGGAGGAGAAACGAUGAAGAGAACAACAAGAAAGAAAAAGAAGAAGGAGGAGGAGGGUGGGCGUCAACGUUCUUAAAAGUAGCCGGAGUAGCCGUCACAACGGCAGCUGUAGCCGGUAGCUUAUACAAUCUCCUAAAACAACCCGAAGAAGCCGAAGUAACACCACUUCAAGUCCGCCGUACUGAUCAUCAGGAGGAGGUGUUCAUACUAAACGUCGACGGUUCGCAUCUUCCUCUGACUCCAUCAACAGGUUGUGGUGGAUAUCUAAGCAGCGCAUCAGAGAAAUGGAUUUGCGGUUUUGCUCAAAAGUUGGAUCCAACUUUAACUUUAGGAGUGGACGAAGCUGAGAAGGAGGCAAUUUUAAGAGGUUUGCUUUGGGUUAAGGAAAAAGGGAAGAGGAAAGUGAUGGUGAAGUCAGAUCGUAAAGGUACAGUGAAUUUGGUGAAUUCAGCUGGAGGCAAACCUCAAGAUCUUCUUAUAAGUGACAUAAGAGCUCUUUUUAAUAAUCCUCACUGGGAAGCCACGUUGACUUGGACCUGUGGAAAAUCUAACAAAGUUGCUAACAAACUCGCUGAUGAAGCUCACAACUUAACUUCUUUCGAUCUGUAUGAGUUUGAUGAUGCCCCUGAAAACUGUGUUUCUCUGCUCUAGCUUAACAAAUUACGUACCAUCUAUCGUAUCAGACUCAUUAUUGUUAAAAUCCCGAUUACAAUCUUGAAAUCGUAUGAUUUUGCUCUUAUUUAAAAUCUGUUCAAAAUCGUUUAUGCAUAGGCGAUUUCGCUCUGCAUUAUAAUCGACGCGUUUG